GGCUACGGUUGAUGAGCCAUGUCGACUUGUAACGUGGCAAAAUUUCGGCAGUCGGAAGCAGAAUCUGCACGAUGUUCAAAGGCGCAUUUUCACGAACAAAUUGUCAGCACGAGUUAAUCUCCCAAAUGGGUGCAUGACCUUCCUUUGUAUGAUUCGACCCGAUGAGGAAUGUCUUCGCCACUCUCAACCGUUGCCGCCGUCUCGCAUUGUUCUCCACGGCAGUACACCAUGACAGACCUGUGGGAACUAUCCUGCGUCAUUCUGUUUCUCUGGAAGCUCUGGUGGAUGUUGGAAUUGCAGGAUCGCAGGAUACUUCGCACUCGUCAUGCUUGUUGCAACGAUAUCAUCUGUAAAGGUUUUUCAUGCAGGUUUUCUAGGGGUUUCUUCAGUGUGCAUGGGGAGAGCCCUUCUGCGGAGUACGCAAAGUUGAGGAAAGAAUCAUUGGAAAGUGAAUUUGGGCAUAUCGUUGGUACUCACAGCUCAAAAAGUGUUUCUGUUGUCUAUCGGUUUGGCCCAUUUUUGGCAUUGUAUAGAGCAGCAAUCAUUUCAUUUCAUGUAUUGAAGUUGACUAUUUGGCAAUUCUUUUUUCGAGACGUGAAAAAGCGUGCUGCCAAGUUCCGUGAGAUGCUAAUUCGCUUGGGUCCUUUCUAUAUUAAGCUUGGGCAGGCUCUGAGCACUAGACCAGAUAUAUUGCCACCUGUGUAUUGCCAAGAGCUUGCUAAGUUACAGGAUCAAAUUCCUCCAUUUCCCACCCAUACUGCAAUAAAAUCUAUUGAAACCGAACUGGGUGUUCCAGUUUCAGAAAUUUUUGCUGAUAUAAGCCCAGAGCCUAUUGCAGCAGCAUCUUUAGGACAGGUGUAUAAAGCUCAUCUUCAUUCUGGAGAACUUGUAGCUGUUAAAGUACAGAGGCCUGGUAUGUCACUCUUGUUGACCCUAGAUGCCCUGUUAUUCCAUAUGAUUGGGGGCCAAUUGAAGCGAUUUGCAAAAGCUCGCAAAGACCUGUUAGUAGCUGUGAAUGAAGUGGUAAGGCACAUGUUUGAUGAAAUUGAUUACAUCUUGGAGGCAAGAAAUGCUGAUCGCUUUGCCUCUCUUUAUGGUGGCUAUCCUAGUAAUGGCCAAACUUAUAAUCAAAAUGCUAAAGAUGGGAAUACCAUCAAAAACAAAAAGGCAAAGGGAAUAAAAGUGCCAAAAAUAUAUUGGGACCUGACACGGAAAGGUGUGCUUACAAUGGAAUGGAUAGAUGGAAUUAAGCUUACAGAUGAAAUUGGCCUGAAGAAGGCAUGUCUAAACCGAAGGGAACUGAUUGACCAGGGAGUAUACUGCUCUUUGAGACAAUUGCUUGAGGUGGGAUUUUUCCACGCUGACCCACAUCCAGGAAACCUUUUUGCUAUUAGCAGUGGCUCCCUUGCAUAUCUUGACUUUGGGAUGAUGGGGGAUAUCCCUCGCCAUUAUCGUGUAGGGCUUAUUCAAGUGCUUGUGCACUUCGUGAAUCGUGACUCCCUGGGUUUGGCAAAUGACUUUCUUUCUUUGGGAUUUAUUCCUGAAGGAGUUGAUAUACAAUCAGUGGCAGAUGCAUUGCAGGCAUCUUUUGGGGAUGGAACUCGACAAUCUCAAGACUUCCAGAGUGUAAUGAACCAGUUAUAUGAUGUCAUGUACGGUUUUAACUUCUCUCUUCCCCCGGAUUAUGCUUUGGUGGUAAGAGCUCUUGGUUCGCUGGAAGGAACAGCAAAAGCUCUUGAUCCUGAUUUUAAAGUUAUUGAGAGUGCAUAUCCUUUUGUGAUUGGGAGGCUUUUGGAAGAUCCAAAUCCUGAUAUGAGAAAAAUUUUAAGGGAACUUCUCAUCUGUAAUAAUGGAUCCAUUAGGUGGAAUCGCCUAGAGCGUUUGGUAGCAGCAAUAUCAGAACAGGCUUCUGAAUCAUCCAAGGAGCCUCCAAACUUUGAAGAGAAUGAUUCACAUCCCUUGGAAUGGAAGUCAUUCGAUAUCCGUGCUGUUGUUGCUGCCACAGAAGAUCUUCUGCUUUUCAUUCUAUCUGAGCAGGGUCUAAUGGUGCGGGUUUUCCUCCUGCGGGAUAUAAUUAGAGCAGCGGAUAUUUUUCUACAGGAUGAAGUUUUGGGUUGUGGGCUAGAUGCUGAAAGUAGAGCAAGAAAAACUUCGGAAUCUGAGGAUCAAGCAAUUAUUACAAGAGUUGUUAACGGGUUUCGCUCUCUCCAUCAAGCAGUAAAGUUGGCCCCAGAGGUGUGGACAGCAAUGUUCAUCCGCAUGGCUUUGAAGCCAGAAACCCAUAGCUUUUCUCUAGACAUCAUAUCGGCCUUGCUCAAGCACCUCAGCAACAAAUUUCCAGAGAAUUUUUGGGUUUGUAUGUCUACGCUUAUCCGCAAGUUUGCCAAAAACCAUGGACCUAACGAUCAUGUUAGAUGAUAUUUUUUCCCCUUAUACAACCAAAUUUUACAGUUUGAUAGCAGAAAUUUUCGUUUGGGCUCAAAAUUUUUGAGCUGUCAUAUGAGUGAUUAAGUUUUAUCCUAGUUCAUGGUAAUGGUACCUUUUAAACAGGUAUUUGUAGAUAUUUGAUCCCGAUUAUAUAAAAUAUGGGUAUCUUAUAUUAGCAUUUGA